AUGGAGUAUCACUUGUUAAUCUUAAAUAAGUCAAAUGAAUCUCUCCUGUGCCGGAAUUUCAUUAAAAUCUGGGCGUCUUCAGCUCCAGUAGUGUCACUGUUUUCAUCAAAAAUACCAGAAGACUUAUCGGAUAUACAUAUAGAUUCUGACGAUCAUGACACAUUUAAGGAUUCCACGUCAGAAGCUAAUAGCUAUAAGUAUCAACAGCUCUAUAACGAGUUAAACAGGCUAUGCACAUUAUCACAGCAAGACUUCUCGAUAAUCCACACAAAUUUGUUCAAGUAUUUGAAGAGGGCGCUGUUCCGCCCUCUACUGCUGUUGUUUAAGAAGGACAACGAGUUCGUGCCGAACAUUGUAUUUAAUCUUAAGCCGAUACUGCUGUAUUACUACCCGUCGCUGAGGAAGGUGAGCGACACACAGAAGGAAGAUAAGGAGCUGCUGUACUGGUACACUGAGUUCCACUCGAACUUUAACUACGUGGGCACCAACAGGAAGCUGGUGGAGCUGCUGGACGACCUCGAGGAGAACCUGAGUAGAUACAACCUGGAAAGCCCACUCACGCAGCUCUUACUGUCAACACUGAACAUGUACAUCGACGGGUUGCUAUUCCGGAACAUCGCACUGAGCAAGUACACGAACAUACUGAGGCAGGCGACGCACCACAAACACCUUCUGAAAAACUCGCUACUAAACAAGUUCAACUACCAAGGUACCGCAACAGUGAGCGCAACAGGGAUCCUGAGUCCCAGUAUUCCAACUAGCCUGAGCGGUUUUAAAGGGAGUGAUAAGGCCAAUGGCGCAAGCAAGGGAAAGUCAGAGAGUGCCAAGAGCCCCCUGAAAGGAAGCGGCAAGGGCGCCGAGUCGUCGAGUGUCUAUAACAUGGGAUCGGGUAAAGAAGGGAAGGAGGACGCAGAAAAGGAGUGGGAACCCGGGUUAGAAAGGGAUGAUGACCUGGAAGAGGACGAAAAGCUGAGUCUGAACGACUACAAGAAGCUCUUCCUGGAGAACAAGAAGCCGUAUCACCUGGCGAGCGCAAUAGCGUACACGAACGGAUACCCGCACGUGGGUCACGCCUACGAAGCAGUGCUCUGUGACGUGAUAAGCCGGUUCUACAAGGUCUUCGGAAGGAGAGUUAUCUUCUCGACGGGGACUGACGAGCACGGGAUCAAGGUGAUGACGACGGCGAAGCAGCAGAACAAGACUCCAAUAGAGCUGUGCGACUACUACUCGAACCACUUCAAAAUCCUAUACAAGAAGCUGCUGGUCAACUACGACAGGUUCAUAAGGACGACGAGCGAGGCGCACAUUAAGGCGGCCAAGAGCAUCUGGAAGCGCGUGCACAGCAAAGGGGACAUAUACCUGGGCAAGUACAACGGAUACUACUCGGUGCGCGAGGAGAGGUUCAUACCGAACACGGAGGCGAAGCUGACCGACUACAAGGACCCGGUCUCGCACAAGCCCUACGACCUCAUGUCAGAGUCGAGCUACUUCUUCACGAUGGACAAGUACAGGAGUCAGCUUGUCAACUACAUCACGACGAACGCGGACUUCAUAGCGCCCGCCAAGUGCAGAAACGAGAUCCUGGCGAGGCUGAAGGAGCCUCUGGAGGACCUGAGCAUUUCGAGGACCUCCUUCGACUGGGGCAUUCACGUGCCGAGCAUGAGCACGGACGUGGACGCGAGCACGGAGGACUACUACAACGCGGACGUCAACCUCGGCUACAACGAGGACAACAAGAUCUUUAACGAGUCCAAGUACUACAACCUGGUGAACAGGGAAAGCGUUACGAAGAAGGCGCACACGGAAGACGGAGUCUAUAGCGGUGCCAGCAGUAGCGUUGCUGGUACUGCCAAUACCAGUACCGUUCAUAAAGUUGGUUCCCAUCAGGGUACUGGUAGCAGUAACAGCAGUGCCCAUCAUGGUACUGGUAGCAGUAACAGCAGUGCCGAUGCCAACACAACUAGCACCAAAGUUGAUGGUGAUGCCAAUACUAGUCAUAAAGUUGGUGGUGAUGCCAAUACAACUAGCAGUAACAGCAGUGCCAAUGGAGGUGCCAGUGCCAGUGCCAGUAGUAAAAACAGCCCAGAUAAAUCAGCAGCGUCAGAGGCCGAAGGCAAAACCAAGGAAGGGGCAAAGCUAGUCCCCGAGGAGCCAAAGGAAAAGCACGUCAUGUAUGUCUGGUUCGACGCACUCUCCUUCUACAUGACUGCCUCUGGCCUAGGUGAGUGUUUUUCUGAAAUGACUUUAUGGCCUACAGAUCUGCAAAUCAUUGGAAAGGACAUCUGUUGGUUCCAGUCAGUGAUACUAGCAACCAUGUGUCUUUCAAUGCAGCUGCCGCUCACGAGAAGGAUCGUGGCGCACGGCUUCAUCCAGGGCCCAGACGGAAGAAAAAUGUCAAAGUCGCUGGGCAACGUGCUUAACCUGGAGGAGCUCCUGGCGGACACGGGCCCGGAGCCGUUCCGCUACUACCUGAUCAAGAGCACGGUCCUCGGCCAGGACGUCAACUUUGACACUGCGCAGCUGAAGGAGCUGUACAACUCGGACCUGGCGGACAACGUCGGCAACCUCGUGCACCGCAUCACGAACCUCACGCACAAGUACAACGCCAGCGUCGUCCCGGCCUACGGGGCGAAGGUGGAGUACCCCUUCGACUACCCGGAGUUCGUGAAGCUGGCCUGCAACUACGUGCUCAAGCUGGACCUGUACAACCUGCUGAUCCUGGUGAACGCCAAGUUCAGGGAGCUCAACAACUACCUGACGGUGAAGAGCCCGUGGGCUGAGCCGAGCGCGGACAAGCGCGACUCGGUGCUGCGCAUUCUGCUCGAGAGCGUCUACUUCCUCGGCCACAUGCUCUACCCCGUGCUCCCCGAGUCCUCGGACGAGCUCUUCAGGAAGCUCGGCACGCCCCGGAGGAGCAACAUCUGGGAGCUGUCGCUGGGCCUCGACAACCUGGAGGAGGGCUCGCGGGUGUCGGUGGGCGAGGUGCUGUACCCGAAGUUUCCCGCAGAGCCUGCCAAGUAA